AUGGAGAACUACCAGCUGGAAAGCCAGUCAUGUACUUCCAGGACUGAAGCAGAAGCGACUGUCAGAGAAGAACAAGAUCUGGUCUCUUCCGAGGAGGAUGAGCAGCCUCGACUGGCUGCCAAAGCCUCCAAGCCCAUCUCCAACGUUGUCGACAAAGCAGAAGUCUCUGCUGAAGUCUUUGAGCUCCCAGAAGUCGAUCCAGGCACCGUGGUUAGGUGGGACAUCCCAGGCUGUGAUGCUUUCGUCCUGGAUGGUGUCCUCAGCGAGACGGAGUGCCAUGCCCUGCGCAGCAGCGCUGAGGGACUCUGGACAUUCUGGGAGGACGAUCCGGCGAGGCCACGCAUCUCCUUCCGCAACGCGCACACGGUGGAGGUGACGCAUCAGGCCUUGGCAGAUCGAAUCUGGCGAAGAGUGGCUGCCCAUGUCCAGCCUAAGGUUGAGCUUGGUCCAGACGAUCCACGCUUCGAAGUCGACAUCGAAGGCACGUGGUGCCCAUAUGCGAUGAAUCCGAAGUUGUUGCUCUCGCGCUAUCUGGAUGGCGGACACUUCAGUCCCCACACGGAUGGAACCACGGUAGUCGACUUCAAUCGCCGUACCUUCUAUAGCUGUGUGCUUUUCCUCAAUCCAUCCCCAUGGGGUGGGCACACACGCCUGUAUGCAGACGAACAAAUGCAGAGAGAACUGCAGAUGGAUGAUGCUGGCCGGCUGACCGGCGACAGAGAUCUGGUCCUGGCCGAAGUUGCUCCGAAAUCAGGGAGGAUGCUGGUGUUCUACCAUCGCUUGAUGCAUGAAGGCAUCCCGGCGGCGGAGAAGUACAUCAUCCGCACUGAUGUUCUGUAUCGUCGUCAUCCAGAAAUUUGUACUGCGCCGGAAGAUGUCGAGGCCUUCCAAAUGUACCAGGAGGCGCAGCUGCUCGCCGAGAAAGGCGACUGUGCGGCUGCAGCAGGCCUUUUCCGCGGCGCAUUUCGCCGAAGCGCUGCUCUGAAGGCAGAGGGUGGAAGUGCGGACUUCCGGCCAGUUGGACACACCAAGGGGAACGCGCAACAUUUGAGACAUGUCGGUGCGAUUCGCUGGUUAUCUACCACGUGGCUUGAACAUUUGACCAAUGCUGCCUUUCAUCCAGAGUUUGGCAGACGAGGGGUCUUGGCAGAAGUGUCGGCUCCAAGUUCCGGCAAGGACCGACAAGUGAGCGGCAGUCCACUGACUCUGCCGGACCUUCUCUACACUGCUGCUUGUGGUGGUGAUUUGGACCCAGCAUCUCUUGAUGUCCAGUGCGACAUGAGCUUGUCUGAUGGCUCCGAACUCCCAGAACCGUUGCGAUUGACUUUUCGCGACGAACAUCCACUUAUGCUUGGCAGCGCAAACGUGUGCGCGCAGCUGCAGAGCUUGGUUCUGGGUGGUCACGCUGCAUUGCGUCAAGACCUCCCCAUGCAAAGAAAGCGGGAUCUGCUGCAGCUUCCUACGGCAGACUUCCGCUUCAAAGCUGCUUUGUCGUUGGAGGAGGAAACGUCGUUCGUGGAUGAUGGUUUUUCCACUGUUUCUUUCCGCGGAGUUGAAGGCGAAGCUGACGGUCGCCUUUGGUCUGAUUCCGAGGACUGCCUCCAGAUGGAGGCGGAAGUGAGUGCUAACGGGAAUUUGGCGGUAAAGACCCGCGCGGCUUCUUUUGUCCAGGCGCUGAUCGAGGCAGAGACUGCCGCUGCCCGUCUGAAUGCUUCUCGGACAGGAAGCGCUGAUGCAGCUCAGCCUCGGAACAGGCACCAGUCUGAAACCAUUGGCGCCGACGAGGAUGCGCCUUACACAUCGGUUCGAGCCGGAGAUGCUGUUUUCUUGGAAGUGGGAGGCUCUGCGAGUGUCACUACUCGUGGCAUGAUGCGCCUCUUAAGACCGGGGGCUCAAGACGGUGCAUCGAGCCCAGUGUCGCGAGGGCGGCGAGAGGCGGAAAAGCUUACGGUUGCUGACAUUGCUGACGACCUCCACACCCUGGAAGGUCCAUCACAAACGCCGAUGCUGCGUGCAUCCCUCGCAAGGUCCGAGGCAAACAUGAAGCUGGGAGAGUUCCGGGCACAGGUUGGAGAUAUUGUUUUGGCGAUUCCGUCCACGGCCGAGGUCAAGCUAAAGGUUGUGGAGGCAGAGAUCAAUGCUGAAGGAAUUGGCCAAACCCACCUCCAAAUUUCCUGGGAUGGGUUGGGCCGGCCGCACCUCAAACACACGGCAAAACAGAGAUCCGUCACUUUUCCGCAGCCGCCGUCUGCAUCUGGGCUUACCGUCCGCAUUGGUGACAUGGGUCAGAUGGGCAUCACACUAGACGAUGAGCCUGAUGUGGCCGAGUGUGGGAACCGCCUACUGGACGACGAGGCCUGGUUCGUACCGCUCCUCGAACUUGCGGACACGAUGAACCUGCAGCCGGCUGUGAAGCGACUUUUGAACUUGUCCCGGGUCGUGCGCAAUGUGCUGCGCACCGAGGGCAUCGAAGAGCCUAAGGACGUUAUCCCGACGCGCCGCAUGGCCAGGGUCAUCGCAAGGAUUCUGCAGGAAAUUGGAACGGAUGGAAAGCAUGUUGCCGAUGGGACAAUCACGAAGCUCGAAGACGACAUUCGCGGUGUCGUGGAGGGGGCGGUUCUUGGCAAAGGUCUUGAUGUGGCCAAGAUCACCAGACUUUUGUGGGACCACCUGCCAACUGAGGCUCUCAACUUUGUGCAGGAGUACACGGCAGAAGUGGACUUCGUGAUCAAAUGGUUUGACUCGGUGCUACGGCCCACAGAGCCGACAUCUGGGCCAGACCCGUCCAAAUCCAACGAGCAGCCACCGUCGCAGAAGUAUCGACGGAAGUUGGAGGAGGUCGCCCCCUGCGCUUCCAGCUUGUACGACGCCGUCGAGCGGCCCACUCUGCUUUCCCAAACUAUGGAAGACCAGCUGCGGCGUGCUGCGCCAUAUCUCACGGCCAAGCAGGUUGAACAUGUUUUGCGGAGCUCCCAGCUAGAGCCAUCCCUCAGGCAUCGGCUCAAAUUUCUGCUGGGGCUGAAGCGCCGUGUGGAGAAGGUUGCUGAAGGCUAUGGCGGCCCUGCGUUCAUGCCCCAAGGGAUGGCCGUGGGCUUCUUCCUUGCCACCGCCAUCCGGGCCUCCUUUGCCGGUACCGACGAGAGAAACAAGGUGGGUGGCAGCAGGAUACUGCAAGGCAAAGCCGUGGCCACGACUUUGUCGGCUCGGCUGGCGAGUGUCUUGAGAGAGCAGAAAGCCGUGGCGACAGAGCUUUGUCGCCUGCAGGAGCGACAGAAGAGCUUGGCGGAACAGGCGCUGCAGUUGGCGGGGCUCUCCAACGCCCCUGCCCAGGCCGCAGCAGGGAACGUGCCCAUGCCCAACCGGCUGGAAGAGAGGCCGUUCGAUGCUGGCGAGGUGCCAUCAUCAAUGCUGACAUGCCUGGCGGCGGACGGCUUGCCACCAUCUCAUUCUGCAGCAAUAGGUGCCAAUGCAGCCCGAUUUGCUCAAUCACAGGCCGCUUCCACUUCAUCUACGCCAGCAAACCUGCCGUCGCUUUCCAGAAGUUCGGAUGGCUCGCAGACAAUUUUCGACCUCGGCACAUCGUUGUUGGGCCCAACGGAAGUUGCCAUCCUUCUGCAAUCAGGCCUGGCGGCCGUGCCACAGGGCCGACAGGUGAUCACGAAGGACGAAGUACCUGCGGAGAAGCUGGUCCCAGUCGCGACGGUGUUUUCAAGACCUGCAGACGUCACUUUGGCGGACCCAUGCGUGGAAGAGGUGCUCCAGAGCAGGCCAAUGGUGUGCAGACGCCCACGCGUCCAACAAGCCAGCGGGGACGAGGAGGAUGUGCCUGCCGAGGUCGUCGGUGACGACUGGCCGCCGCAGCCUCCUGAGAAACGCUUCGCUCGCCUACAAAACGACGACCUGCAGCGGAUUGUGGUUACCGACCUCAAAAACUUCAAAGGACACAUUCGGUCACCAGAUCAGCGAGACAUGUUCGCACUGAUCAUGGCCAGGUUUGCGAAUGCCGAAGUGCAAGAGAAACUAUCCCCUCUCUUGGGGCGAGUGUCCAUGAUGAAGAGUGAGGCUCUGCGAGAGACUGGUGUCACUGCCGCACCACCCAAAGGGAUGCUGCCCAUUAUUGCCACUUGGAGGUCGCUGAAAACCGAGUACUACUAUUUCUAUUUCGAGCUUGGCGACAGGUCUGAUAUUGAAUUUCCACAGGAGCCUUUGGCUAUCGAACAUUGGAGGUGCGGACGGCUGUUGCGAAUUGCGACGGCCUUCCUGUGCAACGACACACUGUCACAGGUCCCAGCCGCUUUUGGCAGGCUCACGGAUGAGGCGCAAGCCGGUGCAGAUGACUUUGAGGAUGGUGAUGGAUUGGUGAUUCCAGUGGUUUCACGAGAUGAAGCAUCCUUCGGUGGUCUCACCCUUGAAAAGACUUUGCGGCGAUACCAGGAUGCCUGCGAACGGGCCGCGAACAGCGCGGAUCAAAAGCACUUCUGGCAAGCUUUUUGCACUCUUUACGCAUCCGACGGGGCAUGA